AUGUUUGCCGCAGCGGGAGCAGCAGCAGCAGCACUAAGCCUACAUCGCAUUUUGCUUGUGGCGAAUUUGGUGUUGGGAUUUGCUGCUGCCUCUGUUUCUGCUUCUGCCUCUCCUUCGACACGGUAUCUCAAAAGACAGUACGAACCUGCAACAACUUGUCAGUCACCAGUACAGAGACGAUCUUGGACGGCGUUGAGUAACCGAGAAAAGCUUUCAUACCUCAAUGCGGUGAAAUGUCUACAAGAGACAGCGCCAGGCUACGGAAUUCAUGGUGCACGAUCCGUAUGGGAAGAACUGCAAUGGACACAUAUCAAAAGCAAGAAUUGGAUCCAUGGUGUCGCGGCGUUUUUGCCGUGGCAUCGAUAUUACCUGCGAGCGCAUGAGAUGAUGUUGUCGCAGCAUUGCAAUUAUACUCUUGGCGUACCGUACUGGGAAAUGUCUUUGGACGUGGAAAAUCUCGCAGGAGCAGAAGUAUGGGAUCCGCGAUAUGGAUUUGGCGGUGAUGGGCACGGUGAGAACAACUGCGUGAUGGACGGUCCCUUCGCCAACCUCACCUUGACCUUCAACGACGAUGGGAUGCCGGCGACUCCGGAAUGUCUUAGAAGGAAAUUCAACUCCACCCAGUUCGCGCGUGCGGCACAGAGUGAGAUUGAUAUCUGCUUGCGGAAUCGGAACUGGGCAGGCGCCAGUGGCUGUUAUGAGAAUUGGCUUCACAUUGCAGGACACGAGGGUGUCGGACAGGUCAUGGCCGAUGCCCUGCUGGCCCCGGGGGAUCCCAUCUUCUUUCUGCAUCAUGCGAACAUCGACCGGUUGUGGUAUCAGUGGACAUCGUCAGGGCCGCCUGAACGUCUGAUGGAAAUGGGGAGACCGAAUACACCGAGUGAGGAAUUCAACGCAGCCAAUAGGUGGGCUACGCCCGGACCCGAGUGGACGGACUAUAGUGGUGAUGAUGGGCCGGAGACGACGCUGAAUCAUGUCUUGUGGGUGGCAGAUAUGGUGCCGAAUGUGACGAUUGGAGAUGUCAUGGACUUGCGCUCGCCUGUUUCGUGCGCCGAGUAUGUCUGA